GUUCUUUCUGCCACUUCUUUCUCUCUUUUCUGUCUAAUUUGAGACGUUUAUGUUGCACAAUGUUGUUUGUUACUGUAAGCUCGUAAAGGGCUAGUUUGGAUGCUUAUGGAUACUUAUCCAUAGUCAGUGUAUUACUUGCAUGUCUUUGGAGGAACAGGCAGGAGUACGGGUACGUAUGUAAAGCUGUGGAUGGGUGCAGCAGCGAAACGUAUUUUAGCCACCUAAAAAUUCAGUUUACGUGUACGCUAUAUUUAUAAUAUUGUCACAAAUGUACCCUGCUGCUUCAGUCCCUAUCAGAAACAGACUGUAUAGCUGUCUGACAGCAAGGUAGAGCUUUGAAAAUAUUCUUUAAUAUAGCAUACACUAAGAGUAAUAUUGUUUUAGUUUUUUUGGUGGCUUAACUAUGUCCACAGCAGUGCAUUGCUUAGCUGUCUGCUGGUUCUCUUCUCUGUUUCUCCAAACUGUAGCUCCUACAACCCCCCUUCAAACAAUAUGAACUAUCCCCUAAAAGCAAGUCAAAUUGACAUUACAUUUAUCUCCCCUUAACCUGCAAAUACACAUACAUACAUUUUUGUAUUGAUGGUGAGCAAUUUAACAGACCUUAAAAUGUGUGCUAAAAUUGUUUUGUGAAAUAUUUCAGGAAGACAAGUCUUGUUUUAAUUUAGUUUGAAUUGUGUUUUUCUUCUUUUUUAGGACGAUCAUGCUAUUCUUCAAGGCGAUUCAUGCUGAGUGUGGAUCGAAACAUAGUACAGGACAACAUCCCCUCCUUGGUUUCUGCCCUGUCCAUGAUGUUUGGGAGCUAUUAUUGCUUCAACAUCGCCUACAUCCACCCUGGAGUUUGUCCAGAGGUGUUUUUUCUCCAUCAACCCAGAGAAGGGCACCAAAGUGAAGAAGACACGUGCAUCCCGUCUUCAGGUGAACCCGAGAGUCCUCACCUUGAUACAGGAACUUUCGGACCAUGAGUGGCGUGAUGUCUGAAUAUGGACACACCGUGAUCCUCGGCAGCAACUGAUCUAAACACAAUGGAGGAAGUGCUAUUUGUGGAUAAACAUCGAUUAGCACUAGUCCAGAGAGUAAAAAACAUUGAACCGAUUCUGGAUGGACUGCUCUCAUAUAAAGUUAUCAAUAGAGAACAUUAUGAGGAAAUCCUAUCCCUCCAUGGCCCUCAGGAGAAGAUGAGGACUCUCCUAAGAGGGCCUUUGAGAGUCUGUGGACCUGGAGGAAAAGAGAAAUUCUACAAACUGCUGAGAAAACAUGAGUCAGAUCUCCUCGAUGACCUUGCUGAUGAGUCUGAGAAAUAUAAGAAGAAUAAGAAAGACAUGGAGGUAGAAAGCAUGGGGGCUCAGAAGAUACUUCUUGAAACAUUGAAUGAUUUGAGUUCAGAUGAGCUUAACCAAUUCAAGUCACUCAUUGAAUUAGAGGAAAGUUUCCCACGGAUCCUAAGGGGUCGACUCAAAGUGGCAAACACAGAUGAAAUAGUGGAUCUGAUGGUGAAGACGUUCAGCGGAAAGUGUGUGAAUAUGAACAACACGGUUUUAAAGAAGAUGAACAGGACUGAUCUGGUGCAGAGAUUGUCAGACAUCAGCUCAGGAACCAAAGAGGAACCGCUUCCUUCUCUGAUCCAGAGCGUGGAAACGAUGGCGUCUGUCAUAGAGCUGCUUCUGGAAACACUGAAAGAUUUGAGGGACCAGGAUUUAGAGAGUUUUCAGAGGGUCCUGAGUCAAAUUCAGUCUGACAAUGGCUACCCACACAUCUCACUAAGCUGGCACAUGAUGAGAGACAGGCAGGACAUGGUGUUUUAUUUGGUUCAAAAUCACAGCGAGCACAGACUGCUGGAGAUGACCACUAAGGCUUUUGAGAAGAUGAACAGGACUGAUCUGGUGCAGAGGCUGUCACAAAGCAGCUCAGGACCCAAAAAGAAACACUCAGAGGCACAGCGACCUGCAGUGAUCCAGAAAGUAGCAACAAUGGCAGCUGUUAAACAUCUGCUUUUGGAAACUCUGAAUGAUUUGAGAAACGAGGAUCUAGAGAAAUUCAAGCAGUACCUGGAUUUAAUUGUUACCAUGAAAAAACAAAUACACAUGUCAUGGGAGUUGAGUUCCUCACCAGGCAGAGCAAAAACAGUGGAACGGAUGAUGCAGAUCUUCGGCCAACAGUGUAUAGAGAUAACCAUGGAGGUUUUGAAGGACAUUAACAGGACUGAUCUGAGGCAGAGGUUGACAAAUCCCAGCUCAGAACUCAAAGAGAUGUACUCUGUGGAUGAACAUCGACCUGCACAGUCCGAGGGAGUGCAAAUUGCAGCAGAGAAAGAGAUCCUUUUGAAAACUCUUAAGGAUUUGAGUGAUCAUGAGCUCCACAAAUGUCAGUGUUUGCUGCCGUUCACGUUCUUCCAGAAGAGCAUAUCCUACUCCUUUCAUGGAUAUCCCUAUUGGACAGAAAGUGCACUCCAACUGGUGGAUCAGAUGGUGGAGACCUGUGGUCCGCAGUCUGUGGAGGUGACCAGGGAGGUUUUAAUGGACCUGGACAGAACUGAUCUAGUGGAGAGAUUAUCAGAGACUAUCUUAAGACUCAAAGAGGAACCGCUUCCUUCACUGAUCCAGAGCGUGGAAAUGAUGGCGUCUGUCAUAGAGCUGCUUCUGGAAACACUGAAAGAUUUGAGUGACCAGGAUUUACAGAGUUUUCAGAGGGUUCUGAGUCAAAUUCAGUCUGACAAAGGCUACCCAGACAUCUCACCAAGGUGGCACAUGAUGAGAGACAGGCAGGACAUGGUGUUUUAUAUGGUGCAAGAUCACAGCCAGCACAGACUGCUGGAGAUGACCACUGAGGCUUUUGAGAAGAUGAACAGGACUGAUCUGGUGCAGAGGCUGUCACAAAGCAGCUCAGGACCCAAAAAGAAACACUCAGAGGCACAGCGACCUGCAGUGAUCCAGAAAGUAGCAACAAUGGCAGCUGUUAAACAUCUGCUUUUGGAAACUCUGAAUGAUUUGAGAAACGAGGAUCUGGAGAAAUUCAAGCAGACCCUGGAUUUAAUUGUCUCCAAGAAGAAGCUGAGAUAUGUUUCAUGGAUUUGGAGUCCCUCAACAGGCAGAGCACGGACAGUGGAACAGAUGAUGGGGAUCUUCGGCCAACAGUGUGUAGAGAUAACCAUGGAGGUUUUGAAGGACAUUAACAGGACUGAUCUGAGGCAGAGGUUUACAAACUUAGAACUCAAAGAGAUGUACUCUGUGGAUGAACAUCGACCUGCACAGUCCGAGAGAGCACUAAUUGCAGCAGAGAAAGAGAUCCUUUUGAAAACUCUGAAGGAUAUGAGUGGCGAUGAGCUCUACAGAUUUCAGUGGUAUCUGCAGUUCACGUACUUCCAGAAGAGCAUAUCCUACUCCUUUCAUGAAAAUCCCAAUCAGACAGGAAGUGCACUCCAGCUAGUGGAUCAGAUGGUGGAGACCUGUGGUCCGCAGUCUGUGGAGGUGACCAGGGAGGUUUUAAUGGACAUGAAGACAAGUGAUGUAGUGGAGAGAUUAUCGGAGACUAUCUUAAGACUCAAAGGACCAACAGAUCCAUCUUUAGGCUCAGCAGCCCUGCCCGCCCAUAAUGCUGAACCUGAACCAGCUUGUCUCCCAACUGAAGGAGAGGAACGGCUUCCUUCACUGAUCCAGAGCGUGGAAACGAUGGCGUCUGUCAUAGAGCUGCUUCUGGAAACACUGAAAGAUUUGAGUGACCAGGAUUUACAGAGUUUUCAGAUGGUCCUGAGUCAAAUUCAGUCUGGCAAAGGCUACCCAGACAUCUCACCAAGGUGGCACGUGAUGAGAGACAGGCAGGACAUGGUGUUUUAUUUGGUGCAAGAUCACAGCCAGCACAGACUGCUGGAGAUGACCACUGAGACUUUUGAGAAGAUGAACAGGACUGAUCUGGUGCAGAGGCUGUCACAAAGCAGCUCAGGACCCAAAAAGAAACACUCAGAGGCACAGCGACCUGCAGUGAUCCAGAAAGUAGCAACAAUGGCAGCUGUUAAACAUCUGCUUUUGGAAACUCUGUAUGAUUUGAGAAACGAGGAUCUUGAGAAAUUCAAGCAGACCCUGGAUUUAAUUGUCUCCAAGAAGAAGCCGAGAUAUUUUUCGUUGAUUUUGAGUUCCUCAACAAGCAGAGCACAAAUAGUGGAAGAGAUCAUUCAGAUCUUCGGCCAACAGUGUGUAGAGAUAACCAUGGAGGUUUUGAAAGACAUUAACAGGACUGAUCUGAGGCAGAGGUUGAGAAAGCCCAGCUCAGAACUCAAAGAGAUGUACUCUGUGGAUGAACAUCGACCUGCACAGUCCGAGGGAGCACCAAUUGCAGCAGAGAAAGAGAUCCUUUUGAAAACUCUGAAGGAUUUGAGCGACCAUGAGCGCUACCGAUUUAAGUGUUUGCUGCAGUUCACAUACUUCCAGAAGAGCAUAUCCUACUCCUUUCAUGGAUAUUCCUAUCGGACAGCAAGUGCACUCCAGCUAGUGGAUCAGAUGGUGGAGACCUGUGGUCCGCAGUCUGUGGAGGUGACCAGGGAGGUUUUAAUGGACCUGGACAGAACUGAUCUAGUGGAGAGAUUAUCAGAGACUAUCUUAAGACUCAAAGCGCUGGAGGUGGACCCCAACAAGGACAUCGUGUGCAAGCUGUGCGGCGCCUGGUUUGAGACUCGGAAAGGUUUGUCCAGCCACGCCCACCGAGCCCACCUGCGGCCCUUUGGGGUGGAGUACUCUCCCAUCGACCUACCUCAUCAUCAAGCUACUUCAUCGUUACUCAGCCCACCUGCCAAGCGCCUCAAGUCCUCCUCCAUGAGUUUCUACCGCCUGAGCAGCGGGGAGUUCAAGGCCCUGCCGCACAGCGAACCUCCGAAGGAAAUAGGCUGUGAGUUCUGCGGGGAAUACUUUGAGAACCGUAAAGGCCUCAGAAGCCACGCCCGAUCCCACCUGCGUCAGAUGGGAAUCACCAAGUGGUCGGUCAACAGCUCGCCCAUCGACACCCUGAGAGAAAUCAUCACGAGACGAGGCCUUCCUUGUGCUCUUCCUCUGAAACCUCUCAAAACUCCCCCUCCUUCCUCUCCUGGACCCCCUCGUUCCCCCUUGCCCACCUCCUCCUCUCCUUCCUCCUCGUCUCCUUCCUCCUCCCUACUCAGCCUUUUCCCCCUCGCCUUCGCCAGUCCUCUUCAGUCUAAAUUCUGCUCCACUCCCGGCUCUGACAAGGUGUUCCCCCUCAACCUGGAGGAACCGCUUCCUUCAGUGAUCCAGAGCGUGGAAACGAUGGCGUCUGUCAUAGAGCUGCUUCUGGAAACACUGAAAGAUUUGAGUCACCAGGAUUUAGAGAGUUUUAAGAGGGUCCUGAGUCAAAUUCUCUCUGACAAAGGCUACCCAGACAUCUCACCAAGGUGGCACAUGAUGAGAGACAGGCAGGACAUGGUGUUUUAUUUGGUGCAAGAUCACAGCGAGCACAGACUGCUGGAGAUGACCACUGAGGCUUUUGAGAGGAUGAACAGGACUGAUCUGGUGCAGAGGCUGUCACAAAGCAGCUCAGGACCCAAAAAGAAGCACUCAGAGGCACAGCAACCUGCAGUGAUCCAGAAAGUAGCAACAAUGGCAGCUGUUAAACAUCUGCUUUUGGAAACUCUGAAUGAUUUGAGAAACGAGGAUCUAGAGAAAUUCAAGCAGACCCUGGAUUUAAUUGUCUCCAAGAAGAAGCAGAGAUAUUUUUCAUGGAUUUGGAGUCCCUCAGCAGGCAGAGAUCAAACAGUGGAACAGAUGAUGGAGAUCUUCGGCCAACAGUGUGUAGAGUUAACCAUGGAGGUUUUGAAGGACAUUAACAGGACUGAUCUGAGGCAGAGGUUUACAAACUUAGAACUCAAAGAGAUGUACUCUGUGGAUGAACAUCGACCUGCACAGUCCGAGGGAGCACCAAUUGCAGCAGAGAAAGAGAUCCUUUUGAAAACUCUGAAGGAUAUGAGCGACCAUGAGCGCUACCGAUUUAAGUGUUUGCUGCAGUUCACGUACUUCCAGAAGAGCAUAUCCUACUCCUUUCAUGGAUAUCCCUAUUGGACAGCAAGUGCACUCCAGCUAGUGGAUCAGAUGGUGGAGACCUGUGGUCCGCAGUCUGUGGAGGUGACCAGGGAGGUUUUAAUGGACCUGAACAGAACUGAUCUAGUGGAGAGAUUAUCAGAGACUAUCUUAAGACUCAAAGAGGAACCUCUUCCUUCAGUGAUCCAGAGCGUGGAAACGAUGGCGUCUGUCAUAGAGCUGCUUCUGGAAACACUGAAAGAUUUGAGUGACCAGGAUUUACCGAGUUUUAAGAGGGUCCUGAGUCAAAUUCUCUCUGACAAAGGAAACCCAGACAUCUCACCAAGGUGGCUCAUGAUGAGAGACAGGCAGGACAUGGUGUUUUAUUUGGUGCGAGAUCACAGCCAGCACAGACUGCUGGAGAUGACCACUGAGGCUUUUGAGAGGAUGAACAGGACUGAUCUGGUGCAGAGGCUGUCACAAAGCAGCUCAGGACCCAAAAAGAAGCACUCAGAGGCACAGCGACCUGCAGUGAUCCAGAAAGUAGCAACAAUGGCAGCUGUUAAAAAUCUGCUUUUGGAAACUCUGAAUGAUUUGAGAAACGAGGAUCUUGAGAAAUUCAUGCAGACCCUGGAUUUAAUUGUCUCCAAGAAGAAGCUGAGAUAUUUUUCAUGGAUUUUGAGAUCCUCACCAGGCAGAGCACAAACAGUGGAACAGAUGAUACAGAUCUACGGCCAACAGUGUGUAGAGAUAACCAUGGAGGUUUUGAAGGACAUUAACAGGACUGAUCUGAGGCAGAGGUUGACAAAGCCCAGCUCAGAACUCAAAGAGAUGUACUCUGUGGAUGAACAUCGACCUGCACAGUCCGAGGGAGCACCAAUUGCAGCAGAGAAAGAGAUCCUUUUGAAAACUCUUAAGGAUAUGAGUGACCAUGAGCUCUACAGAUUUCAGUGGUAUCUGCCGUUCACGUACUUCCAGAAGAGCAUAUCCUCCUCCUUUCAUGGAUAUCCCUAUCAGACAGGAAGUGCACUCCAGCUAGUGGAUCAGAUGGUGGAGACCUGUGGUCCGCAGUCUGUGGAGGUGACCAGGGAGGUUUUAAUGGACCUGGACAGAACUGAUCUAGUGGAGAGAUUAUCAGAGACUAUUUUAAGACUCAAAGAUAAACAUCCGUCCAAACCACCGAAGGAGGAAGUAACUGUGGCAUCACUGGAGAAGAAGCUUCUGGAAACACUGGAAGAUUUAAGUGAUGGAGAGCUCGAGAAAUUCAAGCGUGGCCUCCAAAUAAUCUCAAAUCAGAGAUUAGAGACGGCAGGGAGAGUGGAGAUUGUGGAUCUGAUGGUGGAGAUCUACGGCCAACAGUCUAUGGAGCUGACAAUGGAGAUUUUAGAGAAGAUGAAAGAAGACGAUUAUGGUCUGGAGCAAAAGUUGUCAAACAUCACUUUAGGAUCCAAAGGGCCUUCAAGAAGCUUGGAGCUUGAGGGCAGUGAAAAAAUGAUGAAGGACUCCAGUGGCUGGACUAAACUUGAACCUGAGGUGAACAGUACAGAUGAAGAUGAGGCAUCAACUUACAGCUUAAAGUCUGAAGCGGGAAACUUUGAAUGCAGUGUCUCUGGCUUGCGCUGGGUCUGUCAGGAAAAGGUCAGCUUUAAGUACCAGUUUUGCUCUUCGGAGGAACCCAUGAAGAGGAUGGAGAUGAUGAAAUACAUGCCUGCAGGUCCCCUCAUAGACAUCACAGGGAUUUCUGGGAAGUUAUUUGAAGUGUACCUGCCACACUGGAUCUGCAUAGAUGACAUCCCUAAAAUAUUGCAAAAGUUUGCAGUCCUGCACAUAGAUGACUGUGGAGAUGUUGUGGAAAAAGUGUCUGUAGUCACAUCGUCCCAUGUCAAGCUGUCUGAACCAGUUUUCUCUCCAAGAGCGGUCCUGAUGAAAAUGGGCUUUCCAGUAAAAAUACACUGUAACGUGUUGAUUUAUUCUAAACUCAACACAUCCUGCAUCCUUCUUCAUGUUUACCUGACCCCGCUCGAUCCUGCUCUUAAAGAGACCAUGGACAAGAAGAAAAAACACUUCAAAUUGAUCCAAAAGCCACGCCCAAACGAGUGCCUGACGCUGCACCAAGAUUUCAACCUCAAAGCAGACAUAACAACGGCCCAGAUUGGCCCAAAGCAGGGUUGUGCUGGCCAAAAGCCACGCCCAGACGAGGGCCUGACGCUGCACGAAGGUUUCAACCUCACAGCAGGCAUAACGGCCGAGAUUUGCCCAGAGAAAAUAACCCUCAGAUAUGAAAGCCAAGAGCCAAACUUCUAUGAAGUGUACAUUGAGAAUCCAGACAGUAACCUCCACCUUACACUCUCUCAACUUAACAAAGGGAAACGCAAAAAAACAUUAUGGAGCUGUGUGAUUCGAAAAGGGAAACGCAAACCACAGUGGGAACCAGUAUGGAGCUGUGAGAUUCGUAAAGUUGACUUACGAAACUCUGGUGAUUCAGAUGUGAAAGAGACAGGUGGACAACCCUCCAUUACUGGUCCAUGGGAUAUGGAAGCUACGGGUGGACCGUCCUCAGAAAAUGAAUUAAGGGACACUGUGGGACCCUCAGCUGGAGAGACAGCUCAAUACACCAUGGUAGACGUGGAAGCUACGGGUGGACCGUCCUCAGAAAAUGAAUUAAGGGACACUGUGGGACCCUCAGCUGGAGAGACAGCUCAAUACACCAUGGUAGACGUGGAAGCUACGGGUGGACCGUCCUCAGAAAAUGAAUUAAGGGACACUGUGGGAUCCUCAGCUGGAGAGACAGCUCAAUACACCAUGGUAGACGUGGAAGCUACGGGUGGACCGUCCUCAGAAAAUGAAUUAAGGGACACUGUGGGACCCUCAGCUGGAGAGACAGCUCAAUACACCAUGGUAGACGGUGAGCACUUUGUGGAUAAACAUAGAAUCGAGCUGACCAAGAGAGUGAACUGCGUUGCAGACAUUUUGGAUCGGCUCCUUGAGGAAAAAGUCAUCACACCAUCGAUUUAUAGUGAAAUCCUGGAAAUCCGGACCACUCAGCAGAAGAUGAGGGAACUCUUCCGUGGUCCCCUGAAUGCAGCAGGGCCUCGUGGCAAAGAAGUCUUCUACAGAAUUCUUGAGAAAGAGGAGAAAUAUCUCAUUGAUGAGCUAAAGGGAAAUAAGUGAAUGUUGUGGAGAAAUCAUUUUUUAGACUAAACGUACAUUGUGCCUCAAGAAAGAAAAUGUCUAAAACGAUUACAAUGGGGAAAUAGUCAUGUAAAUGUCUCUGUAUGGGGUUCUAUCAAAUAUAGCUUUUGCACCUUCAUGUUUAAUCAUAGCUCUUGCCCUUUUUUUUUGCACUUGGACCAGUCAUAUUUUAUAAAAUGUAUACGUUUUCCUGUAAGGUUAAAACCAGAUUCAGCAAACCAUGUAAGUCAUUCAUGUAAUGUAAAGAUGUAAGAAAUGAUUUAGCGUUCUCACCUGACAUGUAAUGUUUUAAUCCAGCAAAUCCCAGAUGGACUUAACCUAUUUUUUAUAAAUUAAAGGAUGCUUGAUCAUGAAUGAUUAUCCUUAGGUUUUGUAUGCAGAUUUUAAUUUUGAUUAUUGUCUUAUGUGCUAAACGAUUCUGUUGUUGUUUUUUCCCUCGUGAAAAUACGUUUACUUUUGGAGGCCAAUGUUUUUUAUUUCGAAAUACAUUUUCAAUAAAGUCUUAUAAAUAUUA